AUGGCCGUUGUCGCUGUGUUCUUCAAGCUUUCCAUGGCUGUACGUGAUCUUCAUAAUCACCUUGUCGAAGUGAAGGGAGUACCCUCGUGGGCUUCCUAUUCUCUGUUCGCUGGUGUAACCCUCGCACUCGGAUGCAUCCUAGGAUUUGUAAGUAUUUUUAUCAUAUCAAAUUUAACAUUGGGUUGGUCGCGUCAGGCUCGUUUCUUUCUUUUUAGUUCAUUGUUCUUAUCAUUGACCAAGUGUUCCCAACCGGAGCCAAGAAAACGACUGCAGCUUCAAAAAAAGAAGUCAAGAAGGAUUCGAAUGGAUCAGCCAAAAAGUGUAAAUUUGAGAGUAUCUUCUUGCUUAAUCGUUUAUUUCCGUCUUUUGGCUCAAGCUUUAUUGAACGAGCUAUUAUUACCUUGCAGUGCAAUUGAUUUCCUUGGCAUCACGCUUGCAAAUGCGGAACACGGAAAUAGAUUUGCAUACGGGUUAAUGCUUUCACAUUGA